UUGAACAUGCAAGUGUAACAGAUAGUAACUUGGAACAUGAUCUUGCCAUAUGGACUAAACAACAUCAAAUUUCGCAUAUUGCAUUAACAUCGUUGCAACAAAUAUUGAGAAAAAAAUGUUCUUGUUUUGGAUUUCCAAAUUUGAAUGAAGAAGAAGAUCCACUAUAUAUUCAAAAUUUGCCCAACAUGAGAAAAGAGAGCAAUGAAGGUAAUAGUAGCGUCGCGCAUAACACAAAUUUCGAACAAAAGUAUGACAAUUUUCAACGUUUCAUUGUAUAUAAACUUAUUAAUUUGGAAAUGAAAAUAAAUCAAAUUGAAAAGCAUAUUAAUACUUUUCAAAAGUUUACAAUGUGUGAUAUUGUGGAAGAUAAAGAAAAUAUUGAUAUUUUUAAAAAUUUACCAUUGCGAGAUGAAAAUGAACUACAAUUAAUGGAAACGAAAUUAAAAAAUGAUCUGUGGUAUCGCCAACAAAUGAUUAAGCAAUUGGGACGUGUAACAUCCAAACAUUUAAAAAUGUCAUGUUUACGACUGAUGAGAGCAAUAUUAUCAAAUGAAGUUGCAGAGAAAUAUAGUUGGUAUGGAGCAAAAAAAAACAAGUUUUCUGUAAACUGGAGAUAUGUAAAGUAAUUAUGAAUAUUAAAUUACGCAUCACCUUAAAGGGGUAUUCUAAUAUAACAUUAAAAAAAAAACUCGAGUUUUUUACAUUUUCUACAAGUAAUAUGUUAUGGAAAAUAUGUAUGUAAAAGGAUUUAUUUCAAUGUGCAAAACUUUCAAAGUUAUAGCGACUGAAAGGUAGGUAGAUAGAUUUAUAGCGCUCUUGCCGAGAGCGGAAAGCGACGCACAAUAGUAUCAUCUUGAUAGGUAUAUCUUGGUAAAAAUUCGUAGGACCGUUAUUUUUUGGAAGAUUAGAAUGGGAUUUUUCAAAAGGAUCAACUCUAACGACUACAGCGAGGGAACAUUUGCUUUUUUGGCUCGUACUUUAGUGUGACUUUGAAUGUUGAAAAGAGCGAAUAUUAGCACGUAGCACUUUAUUUAUCUUAAAUUGUGUGAAGUAAUUUUACAUUUAUUUAUUUGCUAAAUCUUGGACAAAAAAUAAAAAUGGACAAAAAGGAAUCAAAAACAAAACAUGCUCAUGUGGAAUGUCGGAAAAAACGAAAUUUUUGAGGUAAUCAACAUAUCGCUGAACAGAGUACGGAAUUUACCAGCACGUCAGCAAAAGAACUUCGAAACUCUAAAAUUAUCGACUGUACUAUUUCAAAAGAAAUGGGUUAUUGUAUUUUGAAUUUUUUCACCGUCUUUUCGACAAUUGCUAUAUGAUUUGUAAAAACUGUAAAAGUGAUAUAAAGUUUUUACAGACUACUAGUCGGUUUGGGUUUCAAAAUUUCCAUGCAGUGCAAUUGUAAUAAAGUGCUAAUCAAUUCAUCGCCAUUUAUUAAAAAUACAUACAAAAUCAAUCGGAUUAUAUUUGUUAUGCGACUUUUGGGUGUUGGCAGAAAAAGUCUGGAUUUAUUUUGCGAUUUGAUGGACAUUGGUGAAGGAAUAGCUUCUUAGCUUAAGGAAUGCAUAUUAUGCCUGCCUUAAAAAAAAUGAAGCGGCAUCUACAGUUUACGAUUGUAUUUUUAUAAAAGCAAAUGAAUGAAGAAGCCGAAAAUAUUGCAAUCAAGUUGACGAUGGAACAUGGAAAAAAGGAUUUUCUUUUUUAUUCGUCGUUCUCUAUUUUUACAGGAAAAUAUUCGAAGAAGGUAGUCGAUACUGUCAUGAAAAGUAGCUUUUAUCAAGUUUAUAAUUUAGGGAAAAAAAAAGAAAAACGAAAAUUCAUGAAUACAAUGAUUGGUACAAAACCCAUGAAAGAUUGCUCCAUAAAUUACAACGGCAGGUAAAAUAAAGAUUGACGCUAUUACGGAGAUGUUUUUGAGAUUUAAGGAGAAAUAUGGAAUUCGAUACAUUAAGAGACAGUGACGUAAAACUUUUAAGGGUAUUUUAGAUGUUAAUUCAUAUGACGAAGAAAUUAUGAAAAAAAGGAGUGCGUUAUUUAUGUCGAAAAAAGAAUGAGCACGAAACUUUAAAAUGCAAAA